AUGUCCGCCACCGAUGCUAACCCUGUCCUCCCAUUGUUGCCGAGUUCGCUCUAUGUCACUCUCAGCACGCUUCUGCAGAAAGGUUCUUUCCAUUGGUCCCUAUGGAUUACGGACGCUGCAGGACGUGCGACCCGUCAUCAUUGGGCUGAGCGUAAGGGUCGUCGCGAGGCCAACGAACCGGUCGAGGAAUACACUACGCGUGUAGUUCCUGUUGUUUUCACGUUCACCGGCACGAACAGUAUGAUACUUGCACUGAUCAAGAUCGCCGGCUACAACCCUCCAGACAAUGCUUUCGAUUUCGUCGGACACUUCAAGACUGUCUUCCCUGACACGUAUACUGAUAUACGGUCAAACAGGAGAAAUGGUACCAGUUGCCGCACAUGGGCUAUGAAGGCCUUGACAUUACUGCAAGAGAAAGGCAUCGUGAUCCGCCCGGGUCCUGUCGCACAAGUGGAACAGGCUAGGGGUUCAGAUGGAGAAAUACUACGGGAAACUAUGAAUGCGCCACAUUGGGUCGCAUCUCCAACAGCCACCAGCGAUGCAUACUCGACUUGGGAAACUCCCGAUGGAGCCGUGCUGGCGCGACAACACCCGCUGGCAAUCGUCGUGCAAGAUGGUCAUUCUGUCCUGCACAAGUUUGUGACGAGUCGACGACCGCAACAAAAUACAGCCCUCAUAGCGUACUACGUCGUCGCGAAGUCGCUCUACUUUGCAUUCGCGCCUAAGCAGGGGUUGCUCAAAGUCGGAGAGAAGCAGCUGCGGAGGGUUCACGAACCUCCUCUGAAGGUACAUAGACAGGCCUCCACAGACUGUCAGCUCCUCCCAACAUGGCUGCGCGACGCGCUCGAGCUCUUCCUGCCCGUGCGCGGAAUCCGAUGGGACUUCGGGCGCGGGGUGUACGUGCCGCCGAGCACCCGUUCGUCCGCACGUGGCACGUUCAACCUCAUCCAAACAGCGCUCUCCUUCCUGAAGCAAUUCCUCAUCUUCGACCUGUGCGACGCGCUUCUCAAGCUCGUCCCCAGCGCCGACACCCUCGAAGGCGGCACGAUCUUCCUCCAGCAUCUGCCGCCCGCGCAGCGCUACGCUAUCUCCACCGCGAGACAGCUCCUGGGCGGGAACGACCUCCUCUCGUUGUUCGCUGUUGGGCUAUGUGGGUCUGAGCCUGCGGCGUGGCCGCCGCUGUAUGACAGCCAUUGCGGGCGACGUCGCUCUAGGACCUCUGGGGAAGACGCUGGCACCAGCUGCUGCGUCACACCUUCCUCGUCAUUGGUCGAUGUACCAAAAGACCUGCACCAUGUCACGAUACCACCGUUCCCCUUGCCGGUUGCUUUUCCGCCACAACCGAUGACGAAUGUCCUCGCCGAAUGGCUCGCGAAGCAGGGUGUUUAUCAGGCAUAUAUAGCCGAAAACGUGAAGAAUGCACGCGUCACGUUCUUCAACGGCGGCGUUGAGAAGCUAUAUCAUAAUGAGCAGCAUAUGAUCCCCUCGCCUAAGAUCGCAACGUACGACAAGGACCCCAAGAUGAGCGUCAUACGCAAGGGCAACAAGAAGUUCGUGAUGUGCAACUUUGCACCGCCGGAUAUGGUUGGCAACACGGGCGUGUCCGAGGCAGCCGUAGAGGCCAUCACGGCAACGGACAAGGCCGUUGGGACGGUGUACAAGGCUUAUGAUCUACCCAGACGGGUGUGCCGCACACGGCACACGGCACACACGAUGAACCCGCUGCCGUUCAUCAUGGCGGGCGACCCGAAGAAAUUCCACUUCACUGUCGACAAGAAGGACGGUGAGGAGACAGAAGGCGCGCUAUGCGAUGUGGCGGGGACGGUGCUUGACAUUAUGGGAUUGCCUAAGCCCGAAGGCGAAGAUGAGCGAUCGCUCGUUGCUCGCGCAUAA